UGUCUUGCUUGUUCCGUUAGGAUAUAUAACCUCUUCACUCUGUUUUGGAAUGUCAAGUAAAAAACUUGUUUCCUCUAAACAGGUUGAAGACUUAACAAAACAGUAGUAAAUUCGGAGAAUGAGAAUGGGGCGGCUUACUUGUUUGGCGUUGGCCAUUGUGGUUGGUCUUCUGGGACUGAUAGGCUCAACUCAAGCUCAGCUGCAGCUUGGCUUCUAUGCCAAAAGCUGCCCAAAGGCUGAAAAGAUUGUGCUAGAUUUCGUUCACCAGCAUAUCCACAAUGCCCCUUCACUGGCAGCAACUUUCAUUAGAAUGCACUUCCAUGAUUGUUUCGUCAGGGGUUGUGAUGCGUCGGUGCUGAUAAAUUCCACGUCAAAUAACCAAGCUGAGAAGGAUUCUCCACCAAAUCAAACACUCAGAGGCUUUGACUUCAUUGAUAGAGUCAAAAGCUUACUUGAAGACGAAUGCCCUGGAGUUGUCUCUUGUGCAGAUGUUCUUUCCUUGGUUGCAAGAGAUACCGUUGUAGCCAUAGGAGGUCCUUUUUGGCAAGUUCCAACUGGCCGAAGGGACGGAGUGAUCUCAAGGUCAUCAGAAGCCCGGGCUGACAUCCCUCCUCCAUUUGGAAACUUUUCAACACUCCAAAGACUUUUUGCAAACCAAGGCCUUGAUCUAAAAGACUUAGUCUUGCUAUCAGGCGCUCACACGAUCGGUAUAGCACACUGCUCAUCGUUCUCCAACCGACUCUACAAUUUCACCGGCGUUGGAGACCAAGACCCCUCUCUCGACCCCAAAUACGCCGCUAAUCUAAAGGCCAACAAAUGCAAAACUCCCACCGACAACAGCAAGGUGGAGAUGGACCCAGGAAGUCGCAACACUUUUGACCUUAGCUACUACUCUCUUCUUCUCAAAAGAAGGGGCCUUUUCGAAUCCGAUGCUGCCCUCACCACAGACCAAACCACAUUGGCUCUCGUUCAGAAACUCGUUCAAGGACCCAUUGAAGAGUUCUUCGCUGAGUUUGCAGCAUCAAUGGAGAAAAUGGGCCGGAUUAAAGUGAAGACUGGUACGGAGGGUGAGAUCAGAAGGCGAUGCGCUGUGGUGAAUAGUUGAUGGAUUGGUUCUAAGUUAUAAAAUCUAUAAUUUAUUGCCACAAGUUGAAGUGUGACCUUUUGCUUUUGUGUUCUCUGUGCUUUUAGUUUUUAGUUUCAACUAGUGGGGUCUUUUUUUCUUGGGGAAAUUUGUCGCUUGAAUAAUUGUGAUCCACUGUAAUUUGUACUGUUCUUUAUUUCUUUUGUUUUUUAAUAAGAUUCUGAUUUGAAUAAA